UUCAGAGGUGAAUACUCAGUAACGAGGAAUAUUAGGUUAUCAAAUAAUCAAGCUAUCAACAAUUAUAGCAAUUAACUUGCACCGCGUUGUAGCUAGGUGGGUGGAAUGGUGGGAAGCGGCAUCAGUAUAUAAGAAGAUGAAAACGAUCUAUCAGUCUCACUUGGACAACCAUGAAGCAGAACAGAACUUCCCUAAGGCUUACAAGCUUCAUCAUUUUCCUCCUCUUGGAGUGUUCAGUCGCGUACAACCCUGUGUAUCCUUCACGUGUCCAGCAUUUCUUGCAGUACCUCCAGCAAGAAAGGCUCGUGACUUCUUUUACCAAUCGAACCCCGAAACGUUCCUCCAUCAUAGGACACAUGAAUUCCAUACUGUAUAGAACAAGAGAGCAAGUCAUGGAAGGUAUGAUGGAUACGUAUGUCCUGGUGCCGAGGGCUAUUAUCAGCUCUACAGCAAAGCUUCAUCAUGGUGUCAACUGUUCAGAAUACAGAGAAGUCAGCAAAGUGUAUGGAAACGGUUUUGAGGCAAAUUACAAUUUAAGGCCUACUUGGCUCCAUCGAUCAAAAACCAUCAGCACGUGUCCUACACAAUAUGUUGAGCGUCAAAUACAAGGACCACUCCCCAUACAACCAGUUACCGUUUUAGAAGCCAAGUGUGUCUGUGAAGGGUCUCAGUGUUCAGAAGAUGGCUCAAUCUGUGUGGCUGUGAAAUACCGCCUACCAGUAUGGAUUAGGGUGGAUUCGGAUGGCUAUACAACAGAUACAGUGGAGCUAACCGUAGCCUGCGCUUGUGCCAAAAAUCCAAGCCGUGAUGGUGGCUACAUCGACUUAAGCGAGAAUAAAUGAGAAUG